UGGUGCUGAACAUAAUGUAGAGGACGUCCUAUAACAAGCCAAUCCCUGCUGCUCCUUCAGCUCAGCCUCAGACAGGUACACCGGAUAUUGCCAGUGUAGCAGCGACAAAACGUCUUCUGAUCAUUACAGAAAUUCAGAAUUAAAGUUUUCUGUUCUGUUGACGUCCGACCUUUUCGGGUUGCCCAUAGGGCCCUUAUAAAGGGCCUGACCGCUUCUGGUCGAGGCAUCACCAAGUUUGCGAAGGUUUCCAUCUAACCGACGAAUAACUGACAGCGUGAGGCCCGCCUGCCUGUGGGCUCCGACCAAUCGCAGUCGCUCCACUCACUUGUAUUGGCUUGAGAGAUAGUGAGACUUGAAGCGUUUGUUCAGUGUGGAAACAGUGCUUGCUUUUAUCCGGGGGAUGUUAUCGAGUUCGUGGACGUACAUACCUGGACAGACGCCGAGUUGUGUGACGAUGCUCUCCCACGUGGGUGCUACUCGCUAAAUCCAGACGUGAAAUUUUUCUUACGUGUUAUGGUGCACAUUUUUAAAACUUCCAGAUCGCCAUGAACAACACAACGGAUAUUCACAGUCAUGUGUUCAUGAGGUACACUUCCGUCUCGGCCCUGAUCGAGGCUUUCGCGCCGGUGGGCAGCAACGCGGAACGAGUUGUUCCCCCUGUGUGGUACAUCGUCGGUCUACUAUGCAACCCGAUCUGUGCCGUCAUCUGGCUGGGAAGACGCAUGCGCCGCAACAACUCGUCUGCCGUGUACCUGGGUGCGCUGUCCAUCUCCGACAUGGCCUUCCUCUUCCUGCACUUCCUCUACAACCUGAAUGGCGCCUGGGGGGUGCGAGUCCACAACACGGAGGGGGGAUGUGAGGUGUUCAACCUGUUCUUCUACGCGCCGCAGUACCUGUCGAUUCUGCUGGUGAUGGGCUUCACGGUGGAGCGCUACGUGGCGGUGUGCCACCCGUUCCUCAAGGAGAAGUGGUGCACGGUCAGGAAGGCCUGCGUCAUCGUGGUCGCGCUCACCGUCUUCUGUCUGCUGCUCGCCUCGGCGCAGACCUACAUCUGGGACUACCAGCCCAUGACGGACUCGUGCAGCUACCGCGACGAGGCGGCAGCCGGUGACGACCGGAGCUUCGCCAGCAUCUGGAACUGGGUGACGGAGUUGCUCGUCUUCGGCGCCGUACCGCUGAUCGUCCUCGUCUUCAACUCGAUCGUCCUCAAGGAGAUCUGCAAGCUGGCGAAGAACGGCGUCGUGUCCAAGCAGAGCGGCAGCGCCAGCACCACGGCCUCUACGGUGACGCUGCUGUCCGUGUCCUUCUACCUGAUCGUCACGCAGCUCACGGCCACCAUCCUCUUCUGCAUCCAGCCCGCCUUCCCGCACGGUGACAUCUACCUGACGGACGACGAGAUUCGCCGGGACCCUCUGUGGACGAGGAUGUUCAGCUACCUGGAGGCGAGGAAGGUGAUCGAGGUGAUCUGUCUGUCGCACUACGCCUGCUACUUCUUCAUAUACCUGCUCACCGGCAAACACUUCAGAAAGGAGGUGCUCUACUAUCUCACGUGCGGCGGCCGCUUUCGCUGCUUCGCCGAUACGUCGUCGCGAAAGAGGGGUGAGAAGUAUUCGAUGGUCUCAGGCAAUGGACACGUCCUGUCAGAGACGUGCACGACCACGUACACAACGUAUACAACCGGAGUUUGAUCUCUGCGCCAUCGACGAAAUGUUCCAUCACAGUAUCUGACAUAGUGAGCACUGGACACAGCAGUGUUCGUGUUAAACUGAAUUCACAGUCUGGAAAGAAGAUUCAUACUCGAGGAGUCUCCAUUGAAGAUUGAUUGAAGUUUGGGAGUCUGGAUUCAGUACUCAAAUAUAUGGUGUUUGGAUUCAAGACUCAAAGUUAAGGAAUCUGUAUUCAAGACUCAGUUAGGGAGUCUGGAUUCAAGACUCAAAGUUAGGGAGUGUUGAUUCAAGACUCAACGUUAGGGAGCCUGGACUGAAUACAUUUUGGUUCAAGGCAGAAGCUUGUGGAGUUGGGAUUGAUUAUUCAAACCUAAAAGGUUUUGGUAUUCUGGACUAGAAAUCUGGGGAUUCUGGUAGAUGACUCAAACAAAAGGGGUUUGAAUUCUUUGCUCAAAUUAGGGUAGUAUGAACAUAAAUCACAAACAUGGAGUUUAGAUAGAAGACUCAAACUUGGAACCUGGAUUGAGGGGAUCUAUACUGGAGACCCAAACUUGGGAGUGUGGAUAAAGACUGCAAAUGAGCGAAUCUGGCCUGGAAACACAAACGCCUGUAAAGUCUGUAAACCAUGUAUAGUGUGGACUGGGACGAAGUUCAGCAUCUGGAGUCGGUCAGAAUGGAUGUUGUCUCCUUCAAAGAGGUGUGGAUUAAACUGGAGGCUUAUCAUGCGUUUGUGAUACCACAGAUGUGUGCCAGGAUCUUCAACUCAAACCUCAUCGUCUGUUUUUGACAGCUCAGAUUGGUACAAUGAUUUCCAACAUAUACAUCAGAUCAGAAACGUGAACACGGUACUAUAGGUUUGAUUUUAAUGUGACAGAAAAGAAAGGUGCAAACAGUGUGUACGGAAUCAUAAGGUCGAUGACGUAGUUUUGAUUCUUACAUCAUCUACGACUCUUAAUCGACCCAGUUUUUUGGAGUAUUGGUGGAGGGAACAUCUAACAGGUGUACAUAGAUACUCGGGCCAGGCUCAAUCGUGUAGGUAGCCUAGUGGUUAUCGGCUAACAAGACACUCGGGUAGCCAGUUUCCACAUCUAGAUGUAGUAAUCCGGUGAAUAGCUACAGUCUCGCGUGUAGUGACCACACCACAUAUCACAUACGGUGAACGCUACAUGGCCGUAUGCUUUUGUAUUUGGGAGGAUUUCGUGAAACUAAGUUCAUAUUUUUGAAAUAUUAGUAUUUAUUUUAGAAGUCUGGAAUAUACAGAUAGAUCUCGUGAACGAUAACUUAAAGUAAUUAUGUCCAUGUUUUUUUGUUGUUGUUUUUGUUGUUGUUGUUGUCGUUAUUAUUAUUAUAUUUUAAUAUAUUCAAUGUACUACAUAUAUAUAUACUGUAUAAUAUAUUGUCUUCGGUGGGAUUUGUUUCGGGGUGAUUUUGUAGGAGCGGAAUUGGGCCGUCUGUACUAUAAUAGGAAUGAUGCAAAGCUAUAUAAUUGGAACUAAAACACCCUUUAUAUUGUGAUUUUUCUGAAUAGUUUAAAUGUUAAAAUUAGAUUUUACGAAAGUCCUGAAUUUGAUUGUCAGGCCGCCAUAUUGACGAGUGUCCAAGUUUACUCAAGGGAAUCAAGACGUAGGUGAAACAGUUUUUAAAACGGCUCCUUUCGUGUUUAUUGGCUCUAAAAGCAAUAUUAUUUAUCCGCUCUAGUGUAUGUGUUUCUCCGGUGAUAUGUCAUCUCCGGGGGUAAAUUGUGUGAAACAAUGCUAUGAUUCCACGCAGGCACUAAUAAAUAAAUAAAUAGAAACAAUGCUAUGAUUCGACGCGGGCACUAAUAAAUAAAUAGAAACAAUGCUAUGAUUCGACGCGGGCACCAAUAAAUAAAUAGAAACAAUGCUAUGAUUCCACGCAGGCACUAAUAAAUAAAUAAAACAAUGCUAUGAUUCCACGCAGGCACUAAUAAAUAAAUAGAAAACACGGCGCCAACAAUACUACUAAUCUCAGGAGUAUGACACGUUCGCUUCACAUUUCAAAUGACAAUAUAUUUUCUGGCGAUUGCUUGGUGGAAAUAAAGCACAAUGCAAUAUCUUCUUUUGUCUCUCUUUCUGGGUUUUUUUUGUUUUGUUUUUGUUUGUUUGUUUGUUUUGUUUUUUGGGGGGUGAGGGGGAUGUAAUUUGUGUUUUUGUAAAAAAAAAAAAAAAAAAAAAAAAAAAAAUAUAUAAAUAAAACCCUCUUUUCACAGUGGUUAUAAAAAAAAAAAAAUUGAAUUACAAAGAUGGACAAAGAAUUCCUGAAAUCUAUUUUUCGUACACCUUUCCGUCUUGUUUGGUGCACCAAUUAUCUCACUAUCCUGAGCACUAUGUACGUUUUUCUCUCUUUAUUUGGUGUAUGGUAACCUGAGGUGGGGUAAUAAAAGAAAUCCUAUUCCUGUUUCAUGAACUCACACAUCCCAUACACUGCCAUGUGAGGGUGUAACAUUGUUAACAGCAUUAUAGUCUAAAUGUAGAAAGUUGUCAGGCAAGUUUUAAAAUUGGCAGUAUGAUAUGUAUAUGUUCAUGUGAUAUCAAAUGUCACUAAUAGCAUCGUAAUGUGUUAGAUAUUACCAAAGUAUUUGUUUAAUUCAACGUGUUUUGUUAACGAACUUUUGUCACCAGUUGCAUCCCUCGCUUUUGCAGUACCAUACAUGGACAUUGUGUUUGGUUACAAAACAAAAUCGCACAUUAUAAUGUAAUUACUAAUUAGGCCAAACUGCAUGCAGUGACAGACGUGACAGCUGUGGUGGCAGUAUUCAUGGCGGGUGACAGAUGGGGCAGGAUAUACACCUGAUAUCAUCACAACUCUACUUAUUCCAAUGAGCUCUGUCCUGUGCUAGUUUUGAUUUAGUCUGAGAGUGGUAGUCAUCUUCGUGGAGGUACAAGACACAUGACAUAUCCAGUAAAGGAUCUCCUCUGGACUGGCCGUCCUCCUAUAGACGAGGCACUAGAAAGCAUCUCCUCUGGACUGGCCGUCCUCCUAUAGAAAAGUCACUAGAAAGGAUCUGCUCUGGACUGGCCGUCCUCCUAUAGACGAGGCACUAGAAAGGAUCUCCUCUGGACUGGCCGUCCUCCUAUAGACGAGGCACUAGAAAGGAUCUCCUCUGGACUGGCCGUUCUCCUAUAGACGAGGCACUAGAAAGGAUCUCCUCAGGACUGGCCGUCCUCCUAUAGACGAGGCACUAGAAAGGAUCUCCUCUGGACUGGCCGUCCUCCUAUAAAAAAGUCACUAGAAAGGAUCUCCUCUGGACUGGCCGUCCUCCUAUAGACGAGGCACUAGAAAGGAUCUCCUCUGGACUGGCCGUUCUCCUAUAGACGAGGCACUAGAAAGGAUCUCCUCAGGACUGGCCGUCCUCCUAUAGACGAGGCACUAGAAAGGAUCUCCUCUGGACUGGCCGUCCUCCUAUAAAAAAGUCACUAGAAAGGAUCUCCUCUGGACUGGCCGUCCUCCUAUAGACGAGGCACUAGAAAGGAUCUCCUCAGGACUGGCCGUCCUCCUAUAGACGAGGCACUAGAAAGGAUCUCCUCUGGACUGGCCGUCCUCCUAUAGAAGAGGCACUAGAAAGGAUCUCCUCAGGACUGGCCGUCCUCCUAUAGACGAGGCACUAGAAAGGAUCUCGUCUGGACUGGCCGUCCUCCUAUAGACGAGGCACUAGAAAGGAUGUCCUCUGGACUGGCCGUCCUCCUAUAGAAGAGGCACUAGAAAGUAUCUCCUCAGGACUGGCCGUCCUAUAGACGAGGCACUAGAAAAGAUCUCCUCUGGACUGGCUGUCCUCCUGUAGACGAGGCACUAGAAAGAGAUCCAUGGAAUCAACAGUUAGUUUGCCAAAUACCCAAUUUUCUCUGCAUUGUGCAGAUACACUGCCCUGAUAAUGUAUUAUAGUUUUGUCGUUCUGGUCUCACUUACAGUUACUGAAGUACAAAGUCCUAAAAUCAUAUCUGAUGCUGAAUGUUACACGUCUGACAUGGAUUGUUUAUAUUUUACGGUAGUCAGCACAUGGGUCUUGUAUAGUUUAAGCUUACUGAUUUGGUGCAUUUUGUAAAACAAUACUUCAGAAGAAAAAUAAAUUCUGGCUGCAUGAUAAAAGUAUAAAAUUCACUUGUUCAUCGAGAUUCUGCGGGGGGUUUUCAGCCAAUAUUCACGUUUAUUAAUAACUUAAAUCAAUAUGAGUGUCCAUGAUAAAUGGCACUGUAGCAUUUGUGGUGAUUGAUACCCUAUAAGACUUUAUGUUCUGUGGGUUAACAUCAAUGUAAGAUUGGUCCAUAUUAUAAUAAAUAUACUUAACA